UAAACACCAGUUUUCCAUUCCUUCCGGGACAUCUCAAACCAAAACAGACAAAUUCUCUCUACAACUUUGAAUCUAUAAGCCCACAACUGCAAAAUCUUUCUAAGGAUUCGACCCAGUUCAUCUCAAAGAAAGGAAGAGUUUAGUUUCCAAGCUGGUUUGGAGAACCAGCCAACAAUGAAUCGUGGAAAUUCUGCUCAUGGUGAUGGAAGCAUUCAUCUGCAGAUUGCUGAGUCUCAGAAGGUCGGCGAAACUUUCAGCUCGGGUACCACAAUUUUUGCACCCCAGAGCAGCAUUGGGAAGAGAGAGUACAGCAGCAAUGCAGAUUCUGUUUCUCCGGCAAUACCAGCAGUUCGUGCACCGGAAAAGAAGCUUACUCUCUUUGCUCUCCGUCUUGCAGUUCUUGAGAAAGCAGCUACGGGCCUUGGAACUCUAGGGUUCAUCUGGGCAACGGUCGUUCUUCUGGGUGGUUUCGCUAUCACUUUGGAUAAAACCGACUUCUGGUUCAUCACCAUCAUCCUUGUGGUUGAAGGAACUAGAAUAUUCAGCAGGAGCCAUGAGCUUGAAUGGCAGCACCAAGCCACAUGGUCUAUCGCAGAUGUUGGAAUCAACGGUUUUCUGAGGUCCAGCUCGCACUUCCUGAUCGGAACUUUGAAGUCAAUAUUCCAUCCAGUGCGUGUUCUGCGGGAAAGAAGUCAACGCACAAGAGAUUCAACAGAAACAAAUGAUGCAGCAAGACCCGGAUUAAGGGAUCGCCAAAGAAUGCCCACUAGGAGAUGGGCAAGUUCAGAUGUUCCUUUUCUACCGUUUUCUCAGUGGGUUUUCCUCUCCAGAAAUGUCAGCAAGUUUCUCUAUUGGCUCCAACUUCUAUCUGCAACAGCCUGUGUUGUCCUCUCAUUGAUGAAGCUCGUCAAGCACAACUAUGGAGAGGUUGGAAAAGAAGAUACGGAUAAGAGGAAUCGGAAAUCUGCUCUGAGCAUUUUCUAUGCCUUGGCAUUAGCGGAGGCGAUGUUGUUUCUAAUUGAGAAAGCUUUCUGGGAGUGGAAGGUCAGCUACUGUGGACUAUUGGAUGAAGUGAAUAAGGAGUGCGAGUUCGGAAUUACAGGUAUGGUCUCCAUUAAAAGGUUCUUCUAUGAUGCCUAUUCAAGAUGUGUAAACGGAAGCAUUUUUGAUGGCUUGAAAAUGGAUAUGGUUACUUUUGGUAUGGAUCUUUUGGAUUCAAAUUCCCCUGAUGAGCAGCUCAUCGGAGUUAGAAUACUUCAACAAUUUGCAUUGAAUGAGCGGUUUUCUGAUGAUACCCUCCAAAAAAUAGGGAUAAAUUUAUCUGUGAUAGAGAGAUUAGUAGAGAUGUUGAAUUGGACAGAUCCACAAGAUGAAGAGAUCAGGCGAUCAGCUGCAGAAAUAUUGUCAAGUCUAGCAGGCAAAAAGCAGAACUCCCUUCGGAUUGCUGGCAUUCCUGGUUCCAUGGAAUCAAUAUCAUCUUUGCUCCAAACCAACAGAAGCUGCAAUGAUACAGCUGACGAAAUCAGCGAGAAGAAAAUCGUCAUUGACCAUGCAAAUUACGGAUUCUGGACCUUUAAUGAUUUAGGACUUCGUAUUUUGAAGAAACUUGCACGUGAUCAUGAUAACUGUGGAAAGAUUGGAAAUACAAGGGGUCUCCUACCAAAGAUCAUAGAUUUUACUCAUACUGAAGAAAAGCUGUUGAAGGAUGAAAAUGUUGCAGCAUCUCAGAUUCUGACUGUGAAACGAUCCUUGCAAGUGGUGAAGAUGCUGGCAAGCACAACGGGUGCCACAGGAAAACAUCUCCGAAGAGAAAUUUCCGAGAUUGUUUUUACCAUCAGCAACAUUAGAGAUAUUCUUCGGUAUGGAGAAACACACCAAAUGCUGCAAAAACUUGGCAUUGAUAUUUUAACUAGUCUCGCACUGGAAGAGGAUGCAUCCGAGAGGAUUGGGGGCACAGGUGGAGUUCUUAAAGAAAUGUUUAACAUUUUCUUUAAAGAGGGAAUGCAGGAGAGUCAAAAUGAUGUAAGAAUUGCAGCGGGAGAAGCACUAGCAAUGCUGGCUUUAGACAGCAGAAGUAAUUGCUAUCGCAUUUUGAAGCUGCAUGUACAAGAAAGACUUGUAGGAGCACUGGAAAUUCCAUUGCUUCGUGUAAAUGCAGCAAGAAUUCUAAGAAAUUUAUGCACCUACAGUGGUGAUGAAUUCUUCAACCACCUAAAGGGAGUAACAGCAGCAGCACCCACAGUGCUUCAGGCAAUCAUGUCAGAAGAGAACAAACUACAGGAAGUGAUGCUUGGACUAGCAGCACAUGCUUUCAAAUUCAUGACACCUGAGGAGUCGAGCAUCAUGUUUGAGAGAGCUGGAAUAACUGAGGCUGAAUUGGCUGAUGAAUUAGUCAAGAUUCUGAAGAAACACCAAUGUCCACCAGUCAAAAUUCCAAGAAUAAGGAGGUUUGCCAUAGAGUUGGCGAUAUGGAUGAUGAGAGACAAAGUAACCAAUGUACUUAUUUUCAAGUAUCUGGGAAUGGAGAAGGUGCUGGAGGAUGUGUUGGAGACCACAGCAGAGCUUGAAAGCUUCAAUGUUUUCUCCGGUACUGUCGGACUUAAUCGGCACAGCACAACAAUCCAAUCACUUGUUGAAAUUGCUUUGAAGUUGCUGGAGGAGUUGUAAAAUUUUGUGUGUUGGAUAUGGAUAUCAAAUCCAUGUCAACUCAAAUCUGCAGAUAAAAUUAUCUUGUAAAUAUGUACACAUAAAGUUUCAGGAUAUUCUUUUUUAUCCAAGUAAUAAGGAUGGAAUGUAAUCAUAUCAAGUUAUGCCAAUAAUUGAAUCAAAGUUGACUGUGUUGCAUUCA